AUGAAAAAAGAGAAGGAUAAUUAAGAACUUUUAAUAGGAAAAGAUUGGGAUGGCAAUCAAAUUGAUAUUGAUAAUGAAGAUCUUCAUAAGGCAGAAUAUAUAGAUGUUUAGGCUAUGUUAAAUGAUACAUUAGAUAAAUUAGAUAAAAUAGAGAAGAUAGAAAUAUUUAUGACAUUCUUAAAUUUUACAACAAAAGCAUUAGCUCUUUACCUUGUUCUAAUUUAUUAUGACACAGUUUUCAAAUAUGAUUCUCUAUUGUUAUUUAGUUAUUUAUUAUACGCAUUACUUGAAGUGGUAGCAUUUGGAGCAGCAUUUGCAGUAGUAUUGAGUGCCCGUAUAAUUUCAGCUUUAUUAGGAGUAAACGUAUUUUAUUUAGGUUAGAAAUGUACUAUAAUUAGAUAGCUUCAUUUAUUUUCCAAUUUUAUACUCAGUAUUUAAGUUCUGCUUUGUUGUCACAUUUUUAGUAUAAUCGUUGACAGUUGUGAUGUUUUCAAAAUUUUCACAUUGGAUAUUCCCAUUAGUUUUAGUAAUAUAAAUAAUUUAAAAGAAUAUAGAUAACAUCAUUGUUUGUAACUCUCAUUUUACAAGUCAGUAGAUUAAUUCUAAUGGUUGGAGGGAAAGUUAGUUCAAUUACUAAAUGUUUUGAUACAAAUUGGAUAUUUAAAAUAUUAGCACCUGAAAAUCUAUAGAAAGUAUAUUUUUAUAUAUUAUAUUUGUAUAUAGAGUUACUAAUUCUCUAGAAAUCUAUUAUUUUAACUUUUAAAUAUAUAUGAAGAACUCAAUCCAGAAUAUAAAGAAUUUAUACAGAAAGGAUAUAAAUAUUAGAAAUAAGUUAUUGAAUUAAAAGAUGAUAUACAAUGGGCUAAAGAUUUCAUUAAAAGAUCUAUUAUUGAACAUAAUGAUGUUCAAGGCAAUUCUUUUUCUAAUAAAUAAUCUCUUGUUAUUUAAUCAUGA